AGUCCCCAGAAAACAACGCGCGCUCGAGGACUAAAAGUUUUUCCAUAAAACAACGCACGCUCGUGUACUAAAUUUUUUGCGCGAUCGUGUAUUGGUCCUGUCCUCAUAUUCUUGCGUUCGUAUCACAUAACUGCGCAAGUAAAUAAAUAAAUAAAUAAUACUUCACUCACGUUCGCGCGAACAAAAUUGAAGCUUUUUUCUUUCUCUCUCUCUCUCUCUCUCUCUUUUUCUUUUUUUUUUUGUUGUCUUUAGUUGACCCGUUGCAAAGAGCUUGCUUAAAAAGACGAAAUUCGCCUUGGUUUCUCUGCAAGAUGAAUUAGCUCCAAAUUUCAGUUCACGUCGGUGAUUUCGCUCUUAUUUUCCACCAUUGAUUCUUUGACUAAGGUUCAGUUUGUUUUGAUUGUAGUAGCUUUGACUUGGCCUGUCAACAGUAUCUGUAUUGUUUAUAAUCUAUUCCGUUUACAAGAUUUUUUCUGCGGAUUACCCAAAGCGGUAGAUCUACAUAUAAAGAUAUGGAGUGUACAUCAAUAGCUGAUGGAGUGGGUCGAACCGGACAACAAUGGAAAUUUUCGGUUGAUGAAACACAAGAUUUGACUUCUGAAACUACAAAAUUAGCCUCGGACCUUUUAGUGCAAAUUCACGGCAAGAAGAUUCAGAAAAAAACGGACAGGAUGCAUGGGAUGAAAAAGUUAGAGGAACGCAUGGCAAAAUUGGAAAACGAGAGGAGGAGAUUGAGAAAAAAAAUUAAAAAAUUGGAAGCCGAGUUUAGGAGAAUGAGGGAAGAAAACGCAAAAAGGGAAACGCUGCUUGAAGCAUUAUCGAGAGAUAAAGGGAUAUCUGCCUCAAAAGUUAAAUCGGGUGUUGAGCUUGUGGAAAGUUUUCUUGAGCAACUUGAUGCCAAUGUCAAGAGUCAAGUAGACUAUUCGGACUUUAAAAUCUUAGAAAAGGAUUUACGAAAGGAUUUGAGAAUGGUUGGGAGAUUCAAUGUUCCAUUAUCCCUGGCUCCUAUUUCAGAGAGAAUCUAUGACACUUAUGGUGAUAUUACUUCAGAAAGCUCACAGAGCGACUGUGCAGCUAUGCCUAGCUAUUUUCUGUUCUGUGCUGCAAUCCAAGAGAUGGAUGAUCUGAAACUUGAGCAAGUCAACAAGACUAAGAUGUUGUUGUGGAGAGAUGCAAUUAAUAGUGCCCUGAAUGUCCAAUUCAAAGUGGACUUUGCCAAAAAACAGUUGAAGAAAAUUGCUCGUGCAUAUUUUGGUUUAAAAGCAAUGGAGGAAAUAAACAAUGAAAAGCUUAAGAACAUAGAUGGAACAGUGAAGAAAAUAGAGUUGCCUGAAAAUUGUUUAUGCGGAGCUAUUUAUUUUGGGGGCAAUGAAGAGCUCAAGAAUAUAGAUAGAACAGUGAGGAAAAUAGAGGUGCCUGAGUAUCGUUUACCUGAAGCUAAAUAUAUCUGGGGCAGCGAGGGGAUCGACAUUGAAGAGUUCAAGAACAUAGAUGGAACAGUGAGUAAAAUAGAGAUGCCUGAGGAUUGUUUACCUGAAGCUCAAUAUUUCUGGGGCAAGGAGGAGAUCGACAUUGAAGAGUUCAAGAACAUAGAUGGAACAGUGAGUAAAAUAGAGGUGCCAGAGGAUUGUUUACGUGAAGCUAAAUAUUUUUGGGGCAAGGAGGAGAUAAACAACGAAGAGCUCAAGAACAUAGAUGGAACAGUGAGGAAAAAAAAGGUGCUUGAGGAUUGUUUAUGUGAAGCUAAAUAUUUUUGGGGCAAGCCUCUUAGCACUGGUCUGUUCUAUUAGUAUAUUUCUAGCAUAAGCCAUCGCACCUUGUCUUUCUCACUUUACGUUUUCUGGCUGUGUUUUGUUUUUUUUU